UUGUUGGUAAAGCUGAUGUGAACAAUAUUGAUGCUGAUAAAGCUGAUGCUGAUGAAGCUGAUGCGAACGAAGCUAUUGCAGCCAAAGCUAAUAUGAACAUAAUUGAGGAUAAAGCUACUGUGAAUAAUAUUGAUGUGAACAACGAAGCUGAUGUAGACGAA